AUGAUAAAAGUGGUAGCCACCAGUCAAUACACUAUGAGCCGCAAUCGGGGAAUACUAUAUAAACCGGGCUUUCCUGGACAAGCAGAAGGCGCGUGCCAAUCAUGCAUCCUAUCAGGAUGCUGGGAACGGACGAGAAACACCCAGGAAUUGAUCAAUGAAAUCGUGGAGGGUGCGCCUUCCUUCUGGAGAUCAAUUAUCACGCCACACCUGUUCCAAGAUCUUGAACAGUUACGAUUAUCAGUCAAGUUUCAUGAAGAUUCACUCCUCAAUAUGGGAGGAGCCAAGGAAAACACUCAACAAAGUCCUUAUAAUCCUUUUAGGAACGUACACGUCAACUUGGUAGGAUGGACCAAAGCGACUUCGAACCCUCAAUUCCCAAAAGACGACUCUAAUGUUUCACUGCAUGGAAUGCUGGAUGAAAAAGGUGCCCGUCCUUGCAGACAUUGUGGUAGCAGAAAGCAUUGGGACAGGGAUUGCAAAUACACCAGAAAGGGAGAAAAACGCGCUAGAGCGAACAUGGUUACAACCGCAGCAGAAGACGAGCAAGCACAGGAGGAUUAUGACAAUGCCUAUUACAAAUGA